UCAAGAGUCAAAAUCCUCACAGAGAAACGUCAAUGGAGGAGCAAAACGAAGCCAAGAACCUCCUCCAGAUUAGCACCACCAAGAAGGGUGGUCUCAUAACCAUGCCCUUUAUCAUAGCAAACGAGGCAUUAGAGAAAGUGGCAAAUGUUGGUCUGCAUGUGAACAUGAUCAUUUACCUGAUGCAAGAGUAUCACUAUGAUACUGCAGGUGCUGCUGUAAUAAUGAGCCUUUGGAAUGCCGUCUCUCAUUUCAUGACCAUCUUUGGUGCUUUCCUUUCUGAUUCAUACCUUGGACGAUUUCGAGUUAUUUCAUUCGCCAUCAUCUUCCAGCUACUUGGAUUAAUUGUGCUGUGGCUCACUGCAAUUAUUCACAAUGCAAGGCCACCAAAAUGCAAUUUCUAUCUAGAAGCAGCUUGUGCAUCUCCAAGUGCUGGGCAAGUUUUGUUUCUUGUUUCAUCACUUGUUCUCAUGACCGUUGGAGCUGGUGGAAUCAGGCCUUGCUCUUUAGCCUUUGCUGCAGAUCAAAUCAGCAACCCAGAAAACCCAAGAAACAAGAGCAUCAUGAAGAGCUUCUUCAAUUGGUACUAUGUUUCUGUUGGGGUUUCUCUUGGCUUUUCAGUGACAUUCAUAGUCUACAUACAGAUCAAAACGGGGUGGAUUAAGGGCUUUGGGAUUACAGUGGGCCUCAUGUUAAUCUCCUGUGUCAUGUUCUUCUUGGGCUCUCCCCUAUAUAUCAAGCCCAAACCAAACAAGAACUUGUGCUUCGGCUUGGCCCAAGUUGCUGCAGCAGCCUGGAAAAACCGACACCUAACUCUCCCUCCCAAGGGUUUUGGAAAUUGGUAUUCCAAGGACGGUGCUAAACUUGUUGAACCUACAGACAAACUAAGGUUCUUGAACAAGGCGUGCAUGAUCAGGAACAAAGCAAGCGACUUGGACUCUAAUGGUAUGCCAAUGAAUCCAUGGAGUUUAUGUACAGUGAGGCAAGUAGAAGAGCUUAAAGCACUGAUCAAAGUGAUGCCUAUUUGGUCAACUGGCUUCUUGGUUGCAGCCGGCCUGAACCAACUUGCAUUUCUUGUGGCUCAAGCAACCACAAUGGACAGACACCUUCUGUUCCACUUUGAAGUCCCAGCAACUAACUUUAUUGUGUUUACAAUACUCUCAAUGACCAUAUGGAUAGCCAUCUACGACCGUGUUCUUGUACCUUUAAUCUCAAAAUCAAAAUGCACCAGAAUAAGAGGAGGAUUCACAUUGAAGCAAAGAAUAGGAAUUGGUAUAGUACUAACAAUUUUAGCCCAUACAACAGGAGCAGAAGUUGAGAGAAGAAGAAGAAGCCUUGCCAUUAGAGAAGGUUUAGUGAGAAAUCCCAAAGGAAUAGUGAGUAUGUCUGCUUGGUGGCUAGUGCCUCAGUUUUGCCUGACUGGUUUAGCUGAGGCUUUCAAUGCUAUUGGACAGAUAGAGUUCUAUUACACUCAGUUUCCAAAGAGUAUGUCUAGCAUUGCUGUGGCAUUUUUUGCUGUUGGCAUGGGUGUUGGAAAUGUAUUGGCUGGUCUCAUUGUGACAAUUGUGAAGGAAGUAACACAGAGAGGAGGAACACAGAGCUGGCUUGCUCGGAAUCCCAAUAAUGGUCACUAUGAUUACUUUUAUUGGUUAUUUGCCAUUCUAAAUGUCGUUAAUCUGCUAUACUUCUUUCUGUGUAGUUGGGCUUAUGGGAGUACUCAAGACAUAGAAAUUUGGGAUGAGGAAGAUGACACAAAAGUAAAAUCAACAGAAGAUAUUGAUGCUACCUGA